GCGCUGUGUGAGUGUGAGUGUGAGAGAGGGACGGGAUGGAGGUCAGUCACUCCAUUAAGGAGCGCACUAUCGCCGAGAACAGUUUGCUGCUGCUGCUGCAGGGCCUCCACGGGCUGCCGACCACUGUGGAGCUGCGGGACGAGAGCCGCGCGCGGGGCCGAGUGCUCAACGUGGACGCCUUCAUGAACAUCCGCCUGGAGGCCGUGACCUACACCGACCGGCGCGGCGCCGCCUCCCGCCUGGACCAGCUCUUCAUCACCGGCAGGAACGUGCGCUACGUGCACAUCCCGGACCAGGUGGACAUCAUAGCCACCAUCGAGCGGCAGCUGCAGCAGAUCCACCGCGUCAGGAACUUCGGGGGCAGAGACCAGGGCCGGAGGGAGUUCCCGACAAGGAAGUGACCCCCCGA